CACCCCGCGCCGCCAAACGAACUGGGGAGCUCGCAACCUGCUUCGUCAAUUCCACCCGCUACCGUCAACCCCGCGCAUAGAUUGCACGCACACUACAAUGGCAGGUCAAGCCACCAAGAGAUGGGGCGUGACUGACCCUAUUUCGAGAGCACCUCCCACCGAGGCUGAACUGGCGCUCGACACCGCUCUGCUCGAAGAGCUGAGAAGCCAAAACACUUUCGAGGCGCCUGAGGAGACGGAGAAGAGGGGCGCCGCCUUAGUGACACUGCAGAAGGCAGUCGAGGAGUUCGUCCGCCACGUCGGACAGAUCAAGGGCUUGGCUCCUUCGGUCAUAGCAAACGCUGGCGGAAAGAUAUUCACCUUUGGCAGUUACAGGCUUGGAGUCUAUGGGCCCGGCUCCGACAUUGACACGCUCGUCGUUGCGCCCAAGCACGUCACUCGCGAUGACUUCUUUGAGCAUUUCGUCAACGUGCUCGAAAAGGUAUCCGGCCCUGGUGCGAUCGAAAAGUUCUCUCCGGUUCCCGAUGCCUUCACCCCAAUUAUCAAGAUGGACUACAUGGGCAUCGACAUCGAUCUGAUCUUCGCCCGUCUCGCCAUCGCAUCUGUUCCCAAGGACCUGGACCUCAAGGACAAUACUUUGCUACGUGGAUUGGAUGAGACGGACCUGAGAAGUGUCAAUGGCACGCGUGUCACGGACGAGGUGCUUUCUCUCGUUCCGCAAACGAAGAUAUUCAGGCAGGUUACUAGGGCCGUCAAGCUCUGGGCGCAACGCAGAGCUAUCUACGCCAACAUUGUGGGCUUCCCUGGUGGUAUCGCUUGGGCUAUGAUGGUAGCCCGUAUCUGCCAGCUGUAUCCCUUGGCCUGCGGCGCUGUCGUGCUCGGACGCUUCUUCUAUUUGAUGAGUACUUGGCCAUGGCCUCGGCCGAUCAUGCUAAAGGAGAUCGAAGAUGGUCCUCUGCAGGUCAGAGUCUGGAACCCUCAGAUCUAUCCUAGCGACAAGCGCCACAUCAUGCCAAUCAUCACUCCUGCUUAUCCGUCCAUGUGUGCCACCCACAACAUCACCCACUCCACUCAGAAGGUUAUCAAGCGGGAACUGGAACGCGCGAGCAAAAUCACGAGCGACAUCUUGAACAGCAAGUGUCAAUGGAAGGACCUCUUCCAGAAGCAUACCUUCUUCACUCAGGAUUACAAAUACUACCUGAGCAUCAUUGCGGCUAGUCCUACGAAGGAAGCCCAAGACAACUGGAGUAGUUCUGUCGAGGCUAAGGUCCGCAAGCUCGUCGGACUUAUUGAGAAUCACGAUGCAGAUGACAUUGACCUCGCGCAACCUUUCAACAAGGGCUUCAAGCGUGUGCACCAUGUCAAGAAUGACGAGGAGAAAGAAAAGGUCUUCCAGGGCAGCAUGGACUUUUUGGCCAAGGAUGUUGCUACGGAGACAACGAACGAGUCAAAUGGUCUCCUCCAAGAUGUUGGUGCUCAGGGUGCCGCAGACAAGCUCAACAUGGCAAGCACCAACGGCGAGACAACCGGUGAUGGGGCGACCAACGGCAACGGAUCCAAUGGCGAAACCACAAUGACAAUCUACACCACGACGUUCUACAUUGGCAUUGAACUAAAGCCCGGCGCCAAAUCUCUCGACAUAUCCUAUCCCGUGGCCGACUUCAAGCGUCAGUGCCACGACUGGACUCAAUUCAACCCGGAUUUGCACUCCGUUCGUAUUGUCCACACCAGGAGCUACGAUCUUCCCGAUGAUUGUUUCGAUACCGGCGAGACCAAGCCUGUCAAGGCCAAAAAGACCAAGGUCAAGAAGCGCACCCGUGGCGAAGCCGGCAUGGAGGUCAGUCUCGACAGCUUGCCCGUACCUUUUGAUAUGUUCCUCGUGAUGCUCAAGCGUUCAAUUGAACAAGAAACGUUGUUCAUGCCGAAGAUGCGGACACUCGCGCCAGGUUGCACGAGCGCGCAAAAUGUAUCUUGCUGACGUUGUUACUUACACGCUACAGGAGUCCGGUUCUCAACAGAAUCCCGCAAAGCGCCG